AUGAUAAGGGAUCAGGAGACAGGGGAACCGGUGCAGCAGGCAGAGGCCGCCAUGAGCGCCGACCGGCCGCUGCGCCGGCUGUGGCUGCGGCUGUGGUCGUUGCCGCAGCCCCUGUCGCUGCACCCGCGCUCCCGCCGCCUGCUGGCGGCCUGCUGGCUGCUGGCCGGCGUCGCGCUGCUCCUGCUGCUGCUGGGCGCCUUCCGCUCCUACUACGCCGCUGCCCUGCAGCAGCGCACCGUGUACGUCAUCACCCCCACGUACCGCCGGCCCGAGCAGCUGGCCGAGCUGACGCGCCUGGCGCAGACGCUGAUGCACGUGCCCGCGCUGCACUGGCUCGUCAUCGAAGACGCGGCCCGCACCACGCCCGCCGUCGCCGAACUCCUCGCCAGGACCGGCGUCCGCUACGACCACCUCGUCGCGCCUAUGCCGGAGGAGUGUAACAUCCUACCAGGAGGCAAACCACGUGGAGUGCCACAGCGAAAUAGGGGCCUGCAGUGGAUAAGAGCAAACGCAUCGAGAGGUGUCUUGUAUUUUGCUGACGACGACAACUCUUAUGACAUUCGGUUAUUUGAAGAAGUGCGGUCUACUGAGAGAGUAGCAAUGUGGCCUGUAGGCUUAAUCGGAAAUUAUGGUCUCAGCACACCUGUGGUUGUAGAUGGCAGGUUAGCAGGCUUCUAUGAUGGCUGGAUAUCUCAACGAAAAUUUCCUGUAGAUAUGGCAGGGUUUGCAGUGAGUGUAGAAUUCCUGUUGCAGAGACCAAACGCUUUUAUGCCGUAUGAGACUGGGUUUGAAGAAGAUGGUUUUUUGAAGAGUCUGGCGCCGUUUGAGCCCAAUGAAAUAGAACUAAAAGCAAACAACUGCACCAAGGUACUGGUGUGGCACACUCAGACUAAGAAGAAUGAACCAUCAGCACCUCUAGACAUUAAAAAAUACAACAACACAAAUUUGGUACUUCUGAAAAAACGAACUGUGUAGGGAAGUUCGUUC